GAAGCUCAGAGCAAGUAACAACAGGUGCUGUUGUAUUUUACACCUUGCACUCCUCUUUUUCCUAGUAAUAUUUUUAGACCUGAUGUCCUGAAAACCAAGAUAAAGCUGUCUACUAGAUCUACAAUUAGAACGCCUCAGAUCCGGAGAUCACCGGUUUGUGUCGAGAGAGUGAGAGCGGGCUGGAGGCUGGGCGCUCGCGCGGAUCGGGGGUCCAUGCGCGGUGUCGCUGCCUGACGCGAGCUCGGCCCGGGAGCUCUAAGCCGUCCUCCUCUGUGCCCUCUUUCUGAUAAUGGUAGCCGUGCUCCGCUCGGUCGUGGCGCUCAUGCUGCUGCUCGGUCAGGUGUGGCUGGGCGCCGCCGCCGGUCUCAUUCCCGACGUGGAGCGGCGGAGGCACGCACCCGAACACUCCGAGCGCUUUCUGCGCGACUUCGAGCUCCGACUGCUCAACAUGUUCGGUCUAAAGCGAAAACCCACGCCGAGCAAGGGAGCCGUAAUACCCCAGUAUAUGCUGGACCUCUAUUAUAUGCACUCAGAGAAUGGAGACCAGAAAAGCAUCCGGCGGCCCAGGAGCAUCAUGGGGAGGCACGCGGAGCGCGCGGCCAGCAGGGUCAACACCAUCCGGAGUUUCCAUCAUGAAGAGGCAUUAGAGGCUCUGGCCAGCCUGAAAGGAAGGACCACACAGCAGCUGUUUUUCAACCUCACUUCAGUCCCGGCAGAGGAGCUCAUCACGGCUGCAGAGCUACGCAUCUUCAGAGACCAGGUGCUCAGUGACCUUAAGCAGAGCAACACCAGCCGUGCUGGAGCCUUUCAGCGAAUUAACAUAUUUGAGGUGUUUAGGCCAGCUCAUUCCCCCUCACAGGAGCCUCUUACCAGACUUUUGGACACUCGUCUGGUGCAGGACUCACACUCACGCUGGGAAAGCUUUGAUGUUAGCUCAGCAGCAGCACGCUGGGCCACACAGCCACACCACAACCAUGGCCUCAUGGUGGAGAUUCUGCACCCAAACGGGGCCAGUGAUGGUGAGGAGGCAAAAACAAGCAGGAGUAGUCACGUGAGGGUAAGCCGGUCCCUUCAUCCUGACAUUGAAUCCUGGGCUCAGGCUAGACCACUGCUGGUCACUUAUAGCCAUGAUGGCCAGGGCACUGCAACACUCCACAGAGAAAAACGGCAGGUGCGGCGGCCUCCAAAACGACGUAAACCCCAGAAAGCCAACUGUCGGCGGCACCCACUCUAUGUAGACUUUAGUGAUGUGGGCUGGAAUGUGUGGAUUGUGGCGCCGCCAGGCUACCAUGCCUUUUACUGCCAAGGCGAGUGCCCGUUCCCACUGUCAGAUCAUCUGAACUCCACCAACCAUGCCAUUGUGCAAACGCUUGUGAACUCUGUGAACUCUAAUGUGCCACGAGCAUGUUGCGUACCCACAGACCUCAGUCCCAUCUCUCUGCUCUACCUGGAUGAGUAUGAGAAGGUUGUCUUAAAGAACUACCAAGACAUGGUGGUGGAGGGCUGCGGAUGCCGAUGAGAACAAAACUCAUGAAGUUUAUGAAGACUUUUUUAUUUAUAUAAAAGAACAUUCAAAAAGAGUUAUUUAGUUAUUUUGAAAAAAGAUGUAUAUAUAUAUAUACACA